CUUGUACUCUUCUCUCUCUCUCUCUCUCCCCAUAUGCAGCAAUGGAGAAAGGGCAAACCUCCUCAAUCGCCGAAGAAAACCAACAAUCCAACGAAACCACCACCACCCACCACCUGAACCCUCCACCAGGUCUAACCCAGGACGAGUUCAACGAGUUGAAUCGGUUCAUCACCGAGUUCCACACCUACCAAGUCAACUCAGUCCAAUGCUCAUCCCUACUCGCCCAACCCAUCGACGCGCCAAGCGACGUCGUUUGGUCCAUCGUUCGCCGCUUCGACAAGCCCCAAACGUACAAGCAUUUCAUCAAGAGUUGUACCGUCAAGGAAGAUUUUAACAUGACCCCGGGUUGCACGCGGGACGUCAACGUCAUCUCCGGAUUACCGGCUGCAACCAGUACCGAGAGGCUCGAUGUGCUCGACGACGACCGGCACGUCACAGGGUUCAGUAUUAUCGGGGGUGAGCAUAGGCUGAGGAAUUAUCGGUCGGUCACCACGGUGCAUGAGUUGGAGCGUGACGGGAGGAUCUGGACCGUUGCUGUUGAAUCGUACGUCGUCGAUGUGCCGGAUGGGAAUACCGAGGAAGACACGCGUCUGUUUGCCGAUACGGUUGUGAGGUUGAACCUCCAGAAACUGGCGUCGGUCACCGAAGGGUUGGCACGCGAUGGUGACGGCAAAUCACAGGUGAUGUGAAUCAUGUGAAUAAUAAACACACAAUUUAAAGGAGGCCAAAAAAAAAAAAUUUGAAAUUUUACUUCUGUUCUUUUUUUUUAAUUUUUGGGUUGUCAUGAUUUUUCUUUUUUUUUUUUUUUUUGGGUUGAAAUCACCAAAGCAUCCUUUGGUGAAGAUGGAAAUGACUAGAAUGCCAUCAGAUUUCGAGAUUGAUAUGCUUGGAACUCUUAAGAAGGAAAAGGGCAUUUUGGUCAAUGCAGUGUACAGAAAUGUUUGAGAUGAGGUUAUUGGUGUAUUUUUCAUCUUGUGAAGAAUGUUGCUUUUUCGAA